GUAGCGGGAUUUAUGUUUUGCAGCUUGUUUACAACAUGGUAAAGUUAAGUUAUUGGCCAGCUAUGUAACAAAAUGGGAUAUAUGGAACAGCUGUGAGAUGGAGUCUAAAGCAGUUGUCAAUGCCAUACCGCCUUAUGGAUAUAUAAUUGCUAACGAAAAGUGGAGAGGCUCUGUGCUGGUACAAGGCUUCAAAGGAAACGUAAAGAUAAUUUUCGAGGAACAUCUCGGCGUUGUUGAUUUUCAUCUUUCAGACAAGAGCUGUAUCCUGUAUGUAUCAGAGAGCGAUAUAGUGGCUGGCAACGCCUACAAAAGGAAGAUUGUUCGCUUCAGAAAUGCUAAUAGCAGUCUUCAGGGGAUUAUUGUAGUAGAGAAGACACGCCUCAGUGAACAAUACUUCAGCCCCUUACAAAAGUUUGUGGUGCUGGAGUUGGGACUGAACCUGCUGCCUGUCUUAAACCCAAUGGAGGCCUCACAGCUUAUCUAUCAGUUGGUCCAUGGGGAAAGCAAGGAGAACCCUUUCCGCAGGAAGAGCAUUUCCAGGCUGCUGGAUCCUGUGGUGUUGGCUCUGGUCCAGCAGAUCCCUGGAGUGGGAAAGGUGAAGGCCCUGGCCCUUCUGCAGCGAUACUACUCCAUCCACCAACUCAGUCAAGCCUCAGCCAGUGACCUUGAACCCAUAGUAGGGCAGGCCACAGCUCAACACAUUUGGGGAUUCUUCCACAAGCCACUGUAGUCAACUUGAGGUACAAGAUACGCAGAGCAGCGCGUCUCUAAAUAUCUAUAGAUUCAUUGUGGUUAGUUCACUUAAGAUGUAAAGACCUUAAGCUAGUUCAAGCUAGGCUGUGCUUGAACUUGCAUUCUUUAGUGUCAUUGGGAGCUAUUGCAUAUGUCUAUGGAUCAGACUAUGAGCGUUUAAUUAUUUAUUAUUGAAGUCUAUGUUGAGAUGCAGUUUGUGAAAUUAAUGUUUCUAAGCUUUCAAAGACCUGAACAUAAUAAACCACUCCUUAUGUACAGUG